ACCUGUCUUUGUCUGCAACAUACCACCCCUCGUCCUCAAUUCUUUCUCUGCGUUGUCAUUUUCAAACAAAAAGAAACACAAACAAAACAAACUUAACAAACUGCGGGAAUAGGAUCGCCAAAAACAAACAAUUCAUUCUAACCAAGACAACAAACACAACACCAACGUCGCUGUUCUGACCCCACAUUCUUCUCGUCGAAACCUAACUAAGCCAAUAUAUGCAGGUGAUGGAGGAGAUGAAUGAUUGAAUGAAUGAAGGAUUCAUGGCGUCGAAUGAGAAUGUUCCUGUUCGCGAGUUUUCCGCAAAUGGAAACUGCAUGAACACAACGGAAGUUGAGGCUAUGCUUGAUGAAGGAAAUAUUCAAGAUGCUGAAACUGCAUUGCGAGAUGGCUUAUCUCUUAAUUCUGAGGAAGCGAAGGCCCUACUCGGAAAAUUUGAGUAUCAAAGAGGUAAUUUUGAGGGUGCUCUUCGUGUGUUUGAUGGGAUCGAUUUUAGAGAAGCCAUACAGCGACUGCAAACUUCCAUUUCGGAAAAGCCACCCGUCAAGAAAGGUCCCUCUCGCGCUGAAUCACCUUCUUCAGUAUCUCAGCAUGCUGCUAGUAUGGUGCUUGAAGCCAUCUACUUAAAAGCCAAGUCUCUACAAAAACAAGGAAAAUUUAAUGAAGCUGCUGAUGAAUGCAAUCAAGUUCUAGAGGCUGUUGAGAAGAUAUUUGGUCAGGGUAUACCUGAUACUCAAGUGGACAAUAGAUUGCAGGAGAUUGUAAGCUGUGCAGUAGAGCUUCUUCCCGAGCUUUGGAAACAAGCCGGUUGCUACAACGAGGCAAUAACUGCUUAUAGGCACGCCCUUCUCAGUCAAUGGAACCUUGAUAAUGAUUGCUGUGCGAGGAUUCAGAAAGCGUUUGCGGUAUUUUUGCUCUACAGCGGGGUGGAGGCGAGUCCACCUAGUUUUUCCGUUCAGAUUGAAGGGUCUUAUGUGCCGAAAAAUAAUCUGGAAGAGGCGAUUCUUCUUAUUAUGAUUCUUUUAAGGAAGUUUAGCCUAGGCAAGAUAAAGUGGGAUCCUUCAAUUAUGGAACACCUAAUUUUUGCACUUUCAGCAUGUGGCGAAACAUCUAUUUUGGCGAAACAGUUUGAAGAUUUGAUUCCUGGUGUAUAUCAUCGUAUUGACCGUUGGAAUUCUUUAGCUCUAUGUCUUAGCGCGGAUGGACAAAAUAAAAGUGCUUUGAAUCUGCUAAGGAAGUCUUUGCAUAAACAUGAGCGACCGAACGAUGUUAUAGCGUUAUUAUUGGCCGCAAGGAUUUGCAGUGAGGAUCCUCAUCUUGCAGCGGAGGGAGCAGGGUAUGCACAGAGAGCAAUUGAUAAAGCUCAGGGCUUAAACGAGCAUUUGAAAGGCGUUGGUCUUCGGAUGCUUGGACUUUGCCUUGGAAAGCAAGCUAAGGUUGCUUCCUCCGAUUUCGAGAGGUCUAUGCUUCAGUCAAAAGCUUUGCAAUCAUUAGAGGAGGCCCUUAAAUUAGAGCAAAACAAUUUCGAUCUAAUCUUCGAAUUGGCUAUUCAAUAUGCCCUGCACCGAAACUUGGCUGUUGCUUUACGUUACGCCAAGCAGUUCUUCGACAAAACUGGUGGCUCCAAAUUGAAAGGUUGGAGAUUGCUUUCUCUGGUUUUGUCUGCACAGAGAAGAUUUUCAGAGGCCGAAAUGGUGACUGAUGCUGCUAUAGAUGAAACCGCAAAAUGGGAGCAGGGGACUCUCUUCAGGAUAAAAGCCAAACUGAAGAUCGCCGAGCUACGACCAAUGGAUGCUAUUGAGAUUUACCGGUACCUUCUCGCAUUGGUUCAAGCCCAGAAGAAAUCCACUGGAGCUCAAAAGCUUAGUUCACAGGAUGCGGAUGAUCAAAUAAACGAGUUUGAUGUUUGGCACGGUCUAGCAAAUUUAUAUGCAAGCCUUUCGCAUUGGAAGGAUGCUGAAAUCUGUCUGCAAAAGGCUAGAGAGUUGAAGCAAUACUCUGCAGCAACAAUACAAACUGAAGGUGUCGUGUUUGACGGUCGUGGACAAACCAACGAAGCUCUUGCAGCUGCUGCUAGUGCUGUCCAAAUUGAACCAAACCAUGUUCCAAGCAAGAUCUUGAUGGCUUCUCUGAUGCUUAAAAAUGGUUCCAAAGCAUUUCCUGUUUGUAGGAGCUUACUUUCUGAUGCACUUAGAAUAGAACCAACUAACCGAAAUGCUUGGUAUAACCUCGGAUUAACUCACAGGGAUGAUGGUCGGAUAGGUGAUGCUGCGGACUGCUUCCAAGCAGCUUCAAUGCUUGAAGAAUCUGAUCCCAUUGAAAGCUUUAGCUCUUUGCUUUGAAUCGACUCAUUCAUACUAAAUUCGUAACUCCUCAGGCACCGUGAUUUUGGGAAACUUAAUGUGAUUCCAAACAUGCACUAUGUAUACCGUUUACUUCGUAUCAGAAACUAGACUCUAAGAAAAGAAAUUGAAUUAAAAUGUUAGUUAGGAAAUAAAAAUAUGAGAAAGAGGUUUGGCUUAUUCAUGUGGUAGGGUGGAUGAAUUGUUAAGAACUUCAUUUGUUUUUGACCUGGUUCAGAUUCUUCUCAGCUUUGUAAAUGUAGUAUGAUCCUUUGUUGGGAAGUAUAUCAUUUUGAAAUAGACUAAACUGAA